AUGCUUUCGGGAUACCACAGCGCCUCUCACCAAAGCACAAACGGCAUCGUAGAUCUGGACAACGCAAGUCACUGGCCGGCCGCGGCUUGGACAACAGCGCAGCUGGACCAUCAAAAUCCGCCCUGCUUCAGCAAUGUCAUGCCUCGCAGCAUGCAGAGAGACUUGGCGGAGAUCGAUCUGGCACUGGCCAACGACGAUGGCAUUACCGGACCCUCUGCGAUGACAUCUCAGAUAGAGGCAGCCCCGAUGUUCAACUUCGACUGCCACUUCUCUCCGAUGCCCAURGCUCGGACCACAUCCGACACAUCGGGCUACCGCCCAGCUCAUCCGCCCCAUCACCAUCAACAUAUGCAACCCGCCAACGUCAACCGCAAGCGAGAUUUCCAUCAAAUCGACAUGGGUCUCUCGCAAACCUACUCACACAAUUCGAUACCUUGGCCACAGCAGCCGCGUGUUGACGAGGUUCAGGUCUACGAGCCUGGCGACUAUUGCUCAAAACUUGCCAACGAAGCAAGUGUAACGCAAGUCGCUACGAAGAAGCAGCGGGUGGACAGCUUUGACGAAAAUCAGCUGUUCGCCYGGAGCUCGUCUUACGCCCCAAACAUGUGUGUGCCAUCGGCACAUGAUGUAGCGCCCAGUGCGGACAUUUCGACCUCCAAGUCGACCCAUUUGUCGCCAUGCUCGCUCACUUCAAGUGAGGACUUGAGCAGACAUAGUAGUGUGAGCAGUGCGUCGGUGAAUGACGCUUUCGACAUGAUGCGGGUUGAGUCUACCUUCUCUACUGCUUCUGAUCUCUUUCGUCUUGAUGGCCCUUUCGUAUCGUGUGCAACUACUAAGCCGGUAUGUAGCAAGCCCAUCACCGGCUUGAACGAAGGCAGUGUUUCGCAUUUACUUGGUGGCGUGGGGUAUGUUGGCGCGGACGCCUUUUCUUUCUUUGGUCAAGAUCUUUCUGCUGCUCCUGUUGCUGUUCGCGCACAAUACAACCCAUCGCAACCCAAAGAACACACCGCGGUUGGCGAGAACGCCUCGAACGACGAGCAAAAAGAAUCGCAACGAAGACGGAAGCACAUCGACAACUCUCGGCAGUGCAUAGCUCCGAAGCGCUCAUCCACCGCACGAGCAGCCCGCUCACCCAAGUCACAAAAUCCCUCUGCAGGGUCUCAAUCACAGGAGGACUCAACCCCUGUCUCGAAUUUGCCAUCGACCACAAGCGGGAGCGCCGCUCAAAAGAAGGAGGCCAUCUCCAAGACUCCCUAUGUUCGCCCGCAGCACCCGAAGCUGUACUGCAACAUGUGCGAGGAUUCGAGUGGCUUCCGAGGCGACCAUGAAUUGAGAAGACAUUGGGACCGCGAACACGCUCAACGCCGAAAGGUCUGGAUAUGUCUACAACCCACCACGCCUUCAGAAUGGUGGCCCGCCAAACCACUCAGCUCGUGCAAGCAAUGCAAACAGCAGAAACAAUACAACGUCUACUACAACGCCGCAGCACAUCUCCGCAGAGCACACUUCUGCCCGAGAAAGCGCGGCCGCAAAGCAAAAGGCGAACAGCGGGAGAGUAGAGCUGGCAAGGCCGGAGGUGACUGGCCUCCAAUCGAUUGGUUGAAGGCCAACGGUUGGCUCAAAGAGAUUGAGGUGUCUUCCACGCAGACUUCGACUCCAGCGGAAACUCCACUGGACUCCUCCACGCCGGAGGUGAUUGAGGAGCGUUCCGUCACUCAAAUUGGAGCAUUUGCGCCGCCAUACGAUUCUUUCGCGCAACACUACGCUGGACUCGUCAACACAGCUCAUGUACCAACGCAGUGGCACGACGCUGACGUCCCUGUUCCUAUGCAGGAGACGGUCUCGGCCCCCGCAUCGUUCCCCUCGACAGCUGCGAUGAGUCUCUACGUCGCGAAUGGGUAUGCUUUUUGA